AUGGGAGCUAGGGUUGGAGUGCAGCAUUACAAUUUGGGAUCGGCUGAUUCUUACAUCGGAACUUCUCUUCACGAUCUUAACUCCGUUGAUGGUCCUCCCAACGGCAUCGGAGGCUCCGGUGAUAGCUUGGACAACGACCGUGAUUCCUCUUCUGCGGACUGUAUGCACGAAUCAUACAGAAGCGGCUCUAUGCAAAUGCACAAUGACAGAGUUGAAGAAGGUGGAUCUAACAUGGAGAACAAGGGACCUUCUUACAAUAUGUUAAACAUUCAAGAUGUUACGCCGAUUGAAUCAGCACGGGGCAAAUUUCUGCAAAUCAUAGUGGAUUACUUUAUAAGCCAACAUGUGAUUGAGGUCUGUGAGAAUAAGCGGGAUCAUGAAACGGGUUCAGGAGGACAGGAUCAUAAUAAAGCCAAGAGGAAAUCGGAUGAUGAUACACGAUAUGAAGGUGACCCGAGUUUUGCAUUGCCGUUGAUGUAUAUUGCAAAUUUGUAUGAGACUUUAGUCGGUGAAGCAAAUGUGAGGCUUUCUUCACUGAAUGGAAUAAGGGAAAAGACGAUCGGGGUAGCUCUUGAAGCGGCGGGUGGCUUGUAUAGAAAAUUAACAAAGAAGUUUCCGAAGAAAGGUACUUGCAUGUACAGGAGAAGAGAACUGGCAACUUCAGUUGAAACAAGGACAAGAUUUCCAGAAUUGGUAAUACAAGAAGAGAAACGAGUUCGUUUUGUGGUCGUAAAUGGUUUAGAUGUCGUUGAAAAGCCUGAUGAUAUGCCUAUUGAAGAUGCUGAAUGGUUUAAGCGAUUAACAGGCCGCAACGAAGUGGCUGUCUCUGCUAGAGAUUAUAGAUUCUAUUGCCCGCGACAUAAGCAUAGACGUGUUCAAAAUUCUGUUCCCAGCCUCCACGACUUGCCUACAUUUCCGGGUAUAGAUUCUGCAAGUUUAUCUAAUACACAAGGAUUUCGCUCUGAACAAAGUCAACAACAACAGCAACACACUCCUUCUCCUUCCAAACAUCACAUGUCAUCUUUGUCUCAUCAUCCUCAGUUUCAUCAACCUAUUCACCAGAGCCACCACCAUCAUCAAACUAUAUACCAAAGCCAACACGCAGCCACACAUUUUCCUGGUCAGAACCAUCAAUGCGACCCUGAACUAUCUCACACGCACCAGUCACCAUCUAUUUCACAGCACAUGGCUUGCUUGCAACCCCUCACCGGAAGCCAUGUCAUGCCAACGAGUCCAGCGAAAUUCUGUGACCAAUGUGGAGCACAAUACUUGAGAGAGACGUCCAAAUUCUGCUCAGAGUGUGGCUCCAAGAGGCUUGGGAUAUAG